AUGUCUUGUCAGCUUUCUGCACUAUCGAAAUUUCAUGACAUAGGAGCUAUUAAACGAUAUUUUUUUCCUACUUCGAAAGAAGGGACUCCAAGCAGAAAUGAUGGCACUUCUUCGACAACCUACCACAGACCAGAAACAGAAACUGACGGAGAUACAGAUAACUGGGAUCAGGACUGGGGCUUUGAUGACCAAGAAGCAACAACAGAAGAAGAGUCAGAAAGCACAGAUGCUGGGGGACAUGAGGAUCAUAAAAACUGGCUGCAGUCUUGCCUCGUGUCCCUGUCUCCCACAAACGACGUUAUAGCCAUUGCUCAUGAACACAGAAUCUGUGUUUUGGCUCAGAAAUGGGAUCCUAAAAAGAAAGGUGAAGAAAUUGAUUCCAAUUUAACCACAAUUUGGGAAGCUACCUUAGGGGUAGAUGAAAGAGAAACAAUUACAGCUCUUCUGUGCCUGCCUUUGGCAUCUCAGAAAAGAAGCACCCAAGGUGGGCCUGACUGGACUUGCAUCUUCGUAGGUUUCUCAUCAGGAUAUGUGAGAAUGUAUUCUCAGAAUGGUGUGUUGCUGCUGUCACAGCUGCUUCACUUGGAAAGAAUAGAGAAAUUCAAGUGUCGAACUUAUUCACCCCCUCGUUUUCUGGGCAUGGCUGAAACCCAUGAUGAACUCUUGAUCAUGUACACUAAAGCCAUUGUGUCCAUUGAUGGCUUCAGCCUGAUUCAGUCUCUGAGGGCGUGCUGUAACCAGGUGGCUAGAGCCACUGCAAGUGGAACUGAGAAUCUGCUGCAGCCUCCUCCUCUAGUCUACAAGAAGUGGUCGUUGGGAGACCAGGAGAAAGUCAGUGAUUAUGUGUCCUGUGGUGUGGUAUGUGCAAACCCAUUUGACCAGCUGAAAGCUGCCUCUCUGCUGGGAGGUUUCAAAGCCACGGUGAAAACAUCCCCCCCUGCAAUGUCUGUGUUCAUGACAACAGGAACCGGGCCGUAUGUUGGAUUCUUUUAUGCUGUUGAAGGUUUUACACAGCCGAUUCUGUCCGAGGUGGCUAUAGCCAUGGCCAAUAAAAUCAAGUCUGCAUUGAUCACAGCUGCCAGUGGGUGGUUAGGGUUUGGAGCAAAAGGCAAAGAGGAAAAGGAAAAACUUCCCAAAAUCGAGCCUGCAGUUCUUUUACCAUUGAGAUAUGGUUUGCCAGACAAGCGGAGAUCUGGGGAGGUGAUUAUGCUGUCAUCAUGCAACAACUAUGCAGCCACAACGGACAGUUUUGGUCGUGUCAUCCUCAUUGAUGUGCAGAGAGGAAUAGCUGUGCGAAUGUGGAAAGGUUACAGAGAUGCUCAGCUGGGCUGGCUGGAGGUUAAGGAGGAGAAUGUGGAACCAGGGAGAAACAGUGACCACUACAGGAUUGCCCAGUUCCUCAUUAUAUAUGCUCCCAGGAGAGGCAUUCUCGAGGUGUGGUUGUCCGCUCAUGGUCCCAGAGUUGCCGCUUUCAACGUGAGCAAGUAUUGCCGUCUGCUGUGUCCAUGUUAUGGCAUGAUGGGCUUGAACAAUGUGACGUGCCGGGGGACUAAGUCACGAGCUUUUCAGUGUGCGCUUAUUGAUCCAGAUGGUGUCAUUAAAACAGUUGACAUCCCAUUUCAUCUAGCACUAAGUGACAAAAGCAGCAAGCGAGCAAGAGAUCUUCACUUGCUGAAAAAGCUGAAGAAUAUCCUCAAAGAGUCUUCGGAAGACAGAGAAGGACUGGAGGAGACAAUAAUUGAGUUGCUCUCAGACAUGAAAGUGGCAAGCAUUGCCCACCAGGCGAUUGAAAGAGUCCUCAGCACUCGCUAUCUUCCUGUUAAACUAAUGCAAAAUGUCGUAAAAACCUGCAUUAAAAAGUUGGAUUCCAGAGACAGCCUUGACCUUGACAGUAAAAUGAUGCUGAGAUUCUGCAAGACCCAGCGAUCCCUUCUGACCCUUUAUGACACAGUGAGCCAGCUCAACCAGGCACAGCCCGAGGCCACCAAACUGUCUGAUGUGCAGGUUUUGACAGAGGUCCUGGGUCUGCCACUGCAUGAAACGACAGCCGCUCUGAAUUUAUUGAGACAACAAGAUCUGCUGACCUCAACCAGCUGCCCUGCCAAACAGGCUUCGAAGGUGACCUUUAAAGAUGCUUCAGGACCACUUGCGGCCACAUCCUUUCUUCAUGCCUUCUCGUACAGAACUUUGCUGUCAAAUGAGGAUGAUGCCGCAGCCUCAACACCUUCCAAACAGACACAGAUAACUAUCAGCAAGGAGGUGACAGAAGAACGUAGACUUGCUUUGGCUGAUUUUCUCUUUGGUGGCUGUUUCAAUAACUGUUGCCAAGCCCAGGAGCUUAUGUCUGUGAUUCAAAGCAGCCAUCUUCCUCCAGCACAACUCAUGAACCUUCUCUUGUUUCACUGGCUGUCUGUGAAUGAUCGAAGUGUCAGCAUGCUGGCCAACUUGUAUGAACUGGUCAAGAGUAUUACAGCACUUGCAGAUGUCAGUGAGGUUGUUGUGGACCCGAAUCUAAGCUCUGCUUGGUGGCAACAGGUCAGAAGUCUGUGUAGUCAGUCAGAAAACUGCCGGGCAGCCUUCCUGGCCGUGCUUGCAUGUAAAUCAAUAGCAUCUAACACUUUAGGCAUCCGGCCAAAAGCUAAG